GUUUUUUUCUCGCCCCCAUGUCUCACGAGCUCUAUGGCGAAUCUCACCGAAAAAGUCCACUGGCAUGAGGGGACCGGGAAGCUGGCAUCCUGCAGAUUUUGCCUGAAAGGUGCACUGGCUUUCUGCCUUCUAGCUGGAGGAACCGUGACAUCACUGGGAGCGAGCACAUCGGCGAAAGAUGGUGCUGCAGCCACCGAGAAGCAUCGUCAGAUAGCACCUCACCAUCGAGAUCUUCAGGCAUCGCUUCAUAUGAAGUACCACCUACCGACGGCUCGAGUUACCUCAGCCAGUAGCUGCAUGAAGGUGGUUCGAGCUUCUCUCCUUAGAUCCCAGAAGUCAGAGGGCUUCUUGGCCUUCUUCCCUCCAUCUGGAGGCAAACCACUGCUGGUGGGCCUGACACUGGUCCUUCAGGGCCACCUGGUGGCGCCAAUGGAUUGGAUGCCAUUGGUCUGGUCGAUGAUGCUCAAAUCUGCCGUCACCGUUGGACCAGCUGUGGUGGACCCGGGUAGCAGUGGAGACCCCGUGCCAGAAGCUUCUGAAUAUUUUAUCGAAUAUUAAAACACUGACAGAUAGAAAUCAUAAAUGAAC